AUGCCAGCCGCCCGCCUGUCCUCCUUCAAGGCUCCUUCACGAGAGCGCCGACCUCCCCUCGCCGCCUUGGCUGCCGCCACGGAGCGCGUCCGCGCCGGAACGCUAAGUCGGCAGGACGCGCACCACCUGUUCGACGAAUUGCUGAGCCAAGCCGCGACAGUCCCAGUACGCAAGCUGAACAACUUUCUUGCCGCCCUCGCCCGUGCACCGCCCUCAACUGCCUGCAGCGAUGGUCCGGGCCUUGCCAUCGCCCUCUUCAACCGCAUGUCCCGAGGCGCUGGUGCACGGGUGGUGUCGCCCACGCUCUGUACCUAUUCCAUCCUCAUUGACUGCUGCUGCCGUGCACGCCGCCCGGACUUGGUGGUUGCCUUCUUCGGCCGCCUCCUCAGGUUGGGGCUGCUCUUGGAGGUCAUCUCCUUCAACAAUCUCCUCAAGGGGCUUUGCCAGGCCAAGCGCUCAAAUGAGGCUUUGGACAUGCUGCUCCACCGGACACCUGAACUACACUGUGCGCCUGAUGUCUUCUCGUACAACAUAGUAAUCAACGGCUGCUUGAAAGAAGGUGAAGUAGACAAAGCGUGCAAUCUCUUCCAUGAGAUGCCCCAACUGGGAGUUCAACCUGAUGUGGUGACCUACACCUCAAUCAUGGACGCACUAAGCAAGUCCGGAGCAAUGGACAAGGCAGAAGUGCUCCUUCGGCAAAUGGUUGAUCAAGGAAUUGAACCCAAUAUCAAGACAUAUAGCUAUCUGAUCCAUGGAUAUUCUACUUUUGGUCAGUGGAAGGAGGCACUUAGGGUAUUCAAAGAAAUGGCAAGUCUUGGUGUUGUACCAGACGUUGUCACGUUGACCUCAUUAAUCGAUUCCCUUUGCAAGCACAGAAGGACAAAGGAAGCUAGAGAAAUUUUUGACUCUAUGGCUGCAAAGGGCCUGAAACCUAAUAUCGUCUCCUACUCUACUAUGCUUAAUGGGUAUGUCAAAGAAGGAUCCUUCGAGGAUAUGACUGAUCUCUUCAAUUCGAUGGUACGGAAUGGUAUCGUACCUAACCACCAUAUUUUCAACAUACUGAUCAAUGCAUAUGCUAAACGUGGAGUGAUGGAUGAGGCUAUGCACAUGUUCGAAGUAAUGAGGCAACAAGGAGUAAACCCGGAUGUAUUUGACUAUCAAAUCAUAAUGGAUUCACUUUGCAAAAUGGGUAGGAUGGAUGCUGCUCUGGACAAAUUUAAUCAGAUGGUCAAUCAAGGAGUUUCACCUAACAAAGCUGUUUACCAAUGCCUGGUUCUGGGUUCUUGCUCUCAUGGUCAUUUUGUGAAAGCCAAGGAAUUGAUUUCUGAAGUGGUUAAUAGAGGUCUGUGUUCUAACAGUGUGUUCUUCUAUCCUGUAAUAAACGGCCUUUGCAAAGAAGGAAAGGUAAAGGAGGCACAGGAUAUGUUUGACUUCAUCCUAGGUAUUGGUCAGCGGCCUGAUGUGAUUAUGUACACUUCACUGAUGGAUGGAUAUUGCCUUGUUGGCGAGGUGGAGAAAGCACUGAGUGUACUCGAUGCUAUGAAAUCUGCUGGCCUUCAACCUGAUGAUGUUGUAUAUGCUACACUUCUUAACGGUUACUGUAAAAUUGGAAGGAUCGCCGAUGGAUUGAGCCUUUUCAGGGAAAUGUCACUCAGCGGGGUUAAGCCCAUGACUAUUAUAUACAACAUUAUACUGGAUGGGCUGUUUUGCUCCGGGAGAACAGUUUGUGCAAAGGAAAAAUUCAAUACGAUGACUGAAAGUGGCAUACCAGUGGGCGUUGACACAUACAACAUAGUUCUUAGUGGACUUUGUAGAAACAAUUGCACUGAUGAAGCAAUAGAGCUGUUCAAGAAACUACGUGCAACGAACGUGAAGAUUGAUGUCAUAACACUCACUACCAUGAUUUCUGCAAUGUUUAAAACUAGGAGAAUUGAAGAGGCCAAGGAUUUGUUUGCUACUAUAUCAGCCAUUGGGUUGGUGCCUUCUGUUGUGACUUACAGUGUAAUGAUGACGAAUUUCAUAAAAGAAGGGUUGCUGGCAGAGGCUGAUGAUAUGUUUUUAACAAUGGAGAAGGCUAGCUGUGCUUCCAACUCCAGUCUGCUAAAUCAAGUGGUCAGGGCGUUGCUGGAAAAAGGUGCAGUUGUAAAGGCUGCAACUUAUCUCGCUAAACUUGAUGCUAAACAGCUGUCAGUUGAAGCUUCAACGAUUUCGUUAAUAGUAUCUCUCUUCUCAAGGGAAGGGAAACUAAGGGAGCAUGUAGAGUUGCUUCCAGUAAAGUACCAGCCUCCUCAGAUACUUGAUGCUAUGAAGUCUGCUGGCCUCCAACCUACUACUGUUACGUAUGGUAUACUUCUUAAUGGCUACUGUAAAAUUGGAAGGAUCGCCGCUGGAUUGAGUCUUUUCAAGGAAAUGUCACUCAGCGGGGUUAAGCCCAUUACUAUUAUGUACAACAUUAUACUUGAUGGGCUGUUUUGCUCUGGGAGAACAGUUUGUGCAAAGGAAAAAUUCCAUACGAUGAAUGAAAGUGGCAUACCAGUGGGCGUUGACACAUACAACAUAGUUCUUAGUGGACUUUGUAAAAACAAUUGCACUGAUGAAGCAAUAGAGCUGUUCAAGGAAUUACGUGCUAAGAACGUGAAGAUUAAUGUCAUGAUACUCAAUACUAUGAUUUUUUGCAAUGUUUAA